AUGAGCAGCCAGCCUCCAAAGGACAUGUCUGAGACCCACAGCAGCCCCCUCUUAGUCGACUCUCUCUCUGACAGAUGCAGACUCUAUGAGUCAGAGUUCAUGUGUCCAACAUGGCCUCUACGCUCCCCAGACACCCACCCAGGUCUUCCCCUCCUGGAAAUGCCAGAAGAAAAGGGUCUCCGGUCAGCCAUGGAGGACAGCCCCAUGGUGAAAAUUGAAAAACCCAGGAGAGAGAGGAGGGAAAGCAUUGCAUCCCGGAGCCCAGCCUUCAGUGGCAGUAGCAUCAGCCUCUUCACAGCACUGGGCUACCUCACUGGUGAGAUGAAGGAGUGCAGCAGCUGGAUCAAAGAUAAGCCACUGGCUGUCCAGUUCAUCGACUGGAUCCUGAGAGGGACAGCACAGGUGAUGUUUGUAAAUAACCCAGUCAGUGGAAUCAUCAUCUUUAUUGGACUCCUCAUCCAGAAUCCCUGGUGGACAAUCACUGGAGGCCUGGGUGCUGUGGUCUCUACCUUGACUGCCCUCGCCUUGAGUCAAGACAGGUCCGCCAUUGCCUCAGGACUACAUGGGUACAACGGUAUCCUGGUGGGACUACUGAUGGCUGUGUUCUCAGAGAAACUAGACUACUACUGGUGGCUUCUGUUUCCAGUUACCUUUACCUCAAUGACAUGCCCAGUGCUUUCCAGUGCCUUAAGUUCCAUCUUCAGAAAAUGGGACCUCCCUGUCUUCACACUCCCAUUCAACAUUGCUGUGUCCCUGUACAUGGCAGCCACCGGCCAUUACAACCUCUUCUUCCCCACGACCCUGGUGCAGCCCAUUACCUCAGCACCCAACAUCACCUGGUCUGAGAUUGAAGUGCCUCUGCUCUUACAAGCCAUUCCCGUCGGGGUCGGACAGGUGUACGGCUGCAGCAACCCCUGGACAGGCGGCGUUUUCCUGGUGGCCCUGUUCAUUUCCUCACCACUCAUUUGUCUCCAUGCCGCUAUUGGCUCAGCUGUGGGCAUGCUGGCAGCCCUGACGGUGGCCACACCCUUUGCAACCAUCUACAUGGGCCUGUGGAGCUACAACUGUGUCCUCUCUUGCAUAGCCAUCGGCGGCAUGUUCUACGCCCUGACCUGGCAGACGCACCUCCUGGCACUCAUUUGUGCAUUAUUCUGCGCCUACAUGGGAGCAGCUCUUACCAACAUGAUGUCAGUGGUUGGCUUACCACCCGGUACAUGGCCCUUCUGCCUCUCAACCCUCAUUUUCCUGCUUCUGACGACCAAAAACCCUGCCAUCUACAAGCUGCCGCUCAGCAAAGUCACAUACCCAGAAGCCAACAGGAUCUACUACCUGACAGUGAGAAGCACGGAAGAAAAGGAAAGCCCCACCGGUGGUGGCAGUGAGGAGCAGCCCCCAAAGGUUGAAGAAAAAGCGGAUGAUAGCCUGGAAGCUGUUGUACCCAGACGACGGAGCAUAUUUCACAUUGAAUGGUCAUCUAUACGGAGAAGGAGUAAAGUAUUUGGAAGAGCUGAACAUCAAGAGAGACAAAGCAAGGUUCAGUUUCCCUAUCCUUACCAAAAGCCCACACACGAAUUUUUUGAUCUCAGUAACAACAUGGAGGACAGCACUGAGAUUAAGGUGGAAACUAGUGUGACCAAGACCUCUCAGAUCCAAAGUUCCUUGGCCGCUGGCGGGAAGAGACUCAGCAAAGCCCUCAGUUACAUCACAGGAGAAAUGAAAGAAUGUGGAGAGGGGCUUAAAGACAAAUCUCCUGUAUUCCAAUUCCUGGAUUGGAUCUUAAGGGGCACAUCCCAAGUGAUGUUUGUGAACAACCCUCUCAGUGGCCUCAUCAUCAUCCUUGGCCUCUUUGUCCAGAACCCCUGGUGGGCCAUCUCAGGCUGUUUGGGAACUGUCAUCUCUACUCUGACAGCCCUCAUCCUGAGUCAAGACAGGUCAUCUAUUGCAGCAGGACUUCACGGCUACAAUGGGGUGCUGGUGGGCUUGUUGAUGGCAGUGUUCUCAGAGAAAGGAGAUUAUUACUGGUGGCUUUUGCUCCCUGUCACUGUUAUGUCCAUGUCCUGCCCAAUUCUUUCCAGUGCCCUGGGCACCAUCUUCAAUAAAUGGGACCUCCCAGUCUUCACACUCCCAUUCAACAUUGCAGUAUCAUUGUACAUGGCAGCCACAGGCCAUUACAACCUCUUCUUUCCCACGACCCUGUUGCAGCCCAUCACCUCAGUACCCAACAUCACUUGGUCUGAGGUCCAAGUGCCGCUGCUCUUAAGAGCCAUUCCUGUUGGAAUCGGCCAGGUGUAUGGCUGCGAUAAUCCCUGGACUGGAGGCAUUUUCCUUGUCGCUCUUUUUAUAUCCUCACCACUCAUUUGCUUGCAUGCUGCCAUUGGAUCUACCAUGGGGAUGUUAGCAGCCCUCACCUUGGCCACACCCUUCGAUUCUAUCUACUUUGGCCUAUGGGGCUUCAACAGUACGCUGGCCUGCAUCGCAAUAGGAGGAAUGUUCUACGUCAUCACCUGGCAGACACACCUUCUCGCAAUCACCUGUGCACUGUUUGCAGCCUACCUGGGAGCCGCCCUCACCAACAUGUUAUCUGUGUUUGGAUUGCCCUCAUGUACCUGGCCCUUCUGUCUCUCGGCACUCACCUUCCUGUUACUGACGACCAACAACUCGGCCAUCUACAAGUUACCUCUCAACAAAGUCACUUACCCAGAAGCCAACCGGCUCUACUAUUUGUCUCAGGAAAGGAACCGGAGGGCCUCCAUCAUGACCAAAUAUCAGGCCUAUGUAGUUUCCUAA